UUAAUAAUAAUAUAGAUGACAAAAAAGAAAAACAGGAAACUAUCAAUUAGCCAACAGAAAACAGGAAAUAUAACACUAUAUCUGUUUCCUAAAGCAAACCAAGGGAUUAAUCGAUCUCCUUCGUCCCCUCCGUCGCUCAAUUUGGCAGAUGAGAUUCUUGGCAAAAUCCUGUCUUUAGUUCCGACAAAGGUUGCUGCUUCCACAUCGGUUCUGUCCAAGAGGUGGAGGAAUCUGCUAGGUCUUAUCGACAGCCUUUGCUUUGAAGAGCCAGAAGAAGCAGCAAGUGGUUCACAUCGCUUCUUUGAUUUCGUAGACAAGACUUUUGCGCUGUUAAGCGAAUCUCCCAUCAUCAAGAAACUCUCUCUCUCUCAUAUUCCUACAAGUGGUCGUGACGAUGAUUACUCCCGUGUCAACCGUUGGAUUUGGACUGCGCUGGAACGCGGUUUAUCGGAGCUACACCUGCACGCCACCCCACGCUGUCACGGUGUUUAUCUAUCGAGAGAGCUGUUCACGAGCAACACACUGGUGAAGCUCACACUCUCAGGUGAAUAUGCUCUUGAAGUCAAUCGUGUUUUUCUUCCAGCGCUCAAAUCGAUUUCUCUCUUAUCAAACUGGCUUGAUGGGCCCAACUAUGGUCGGCUCCUUGAUGGCUGCCCUGUCCUGGAAGACUUACUCAUAACUGAAACUCAUCGUUGGGCUCUGCCAUGUUGCGCAUCUUUCGUGGAAAGUGCAUCCCUCAGGCGUCUUGUGAUUACUGUUAAGCUUUCGGAUACUGAAGACACCACUGUUUUUUUAAAAGCACCAAGUCUUGUGUUCCUUGACUAUUCUGGUUAUGUCACCAACGUGUAUGAUUUUGUCGAUUUGGAUAUGCUCGUCGAAGCCAGGCUGAAUCUCAUGUUAUGGGAUUCAAGCGUCUAUGAUGAGCAUGAUGAUUAUUAUGAUUGUGACAAUAAUUGUUAUUUUGAUGAUGGACGGCCGGAAGGUAUAUCUGCUGAUAUUACAGGUUUAGUUGCGGGUAUAAGCAACCUUACGACCCUUCACUUGUCUCCUGAGUCUCUUGAGUUGUUUCAUCUCUGGACGAUCGCACCAAUGAACAAAUUGAUGAACUCUUUGUCUUUGACUGAAGAGCAAUUCCAGUUGAAAUAA